UGGGGAGGAAGACGAAGCUGCUCGGGGUGGGGAGCUCGCUCUGCCUUCGCCCUCUGGACUGCAAACCCCCUCCUUUCCUGGUGGAGCAGCCCCUGAUCUCCUGUUUCCUCGCUGCAUGCCCGCUCACCAGUGCUGGAUUAUGUUUGUCUCCUUCUCCCUGUGCUCCAUCAUUUGGCUGAAUCGUGGUUUCAAGCUAAGGAAAAGGGGCUGCACCUAAGCGCGCCGGGGACCCCCGACCGGGCUCCUGGGGGGCUGCUUCCCGCAGAGACGUUCAGGCAGCUGAUGGGGGAGAGCUGUCUCUGAGAUCCCUCCUUUUCCACCCAAACCCUGCUGCUUCUGCCUGCAGCGCCCCGCUCCCGCGGCCAUGGGCAGCACCGACGGGUUCCAGUACCGCGCGCUCUACCCCUACCGCAAGGAGCGCGAGGAGGACAUUGACCUGCAGCCCGGGGACAUCCUGGUGGUCAGCAAGGGGGCCCUGCAGGCCCUGGGCUUCAAGGAUGGGGACGAGCAGACCCCCAAUCAGAUUGGGUGGAUCCUGGGUGUCAACGAGCGGACCAAGCAGAAGGGAGACUUUCCUGGCACCUACGUGGAGUACGUGGGGCCUGUGAAGAUCUCCGUCCCCUCGCACCGGCCCCGGGUGCAGAGACCCCUGCCCGCGACGCCCGGGGCCACCGGGGGCCGGCCGCAGGAGGCCCUGGAGCAAGGGUCUCCUCUCCUGGACUUGCAGGAGCAGUUCACCCCCCCUGAGAUUGCACCACCGCUGCUGGUGAAGCUGGUGGAAGCUAUUGAAAAGAAAGGGCUGGACAGUGAGAUGCUGUACAGGACGUCUGGCUGCGAGCUGCGGCAGGCGCUCAGGACCGAUUGGACCUUGGGUGACCUGGAGCCUUUCGAUGUGCACUCCCUGGGCGAGGCACUGCGAGGCUACCUGCAGGACCUGCCCUCCCCUGUGGUGCCAGUGUCAGUGCAUGGAGAUGUCCUUCGUGUCCUGCAGGAGGUCUCCCAGCCCGAGAACUGCCGGCAGCAGCUGCUGCUGGCCCUGGAGUCGCCUGCGGUGCCGCUGCAGAACUCUCUCACCCUGCAGUUCCUGCUGCGGCAUCUGAGGAAGGUGUUGCAGCAGGCCGAGAGCAACAGCCUCCACCCUCAGGCCCUGGCAGAGAUCUUCGGGCCCCUGCUCCUGCGGCUGCCCGGCGCCAGCCCAGAGCUGAGCCCUGACUUCUCUGUCCUGUUCCUGGAGAUGCUUCUGCAGACAAAGGAGUUGGAGCCAGAGCAGUUGCCUCCAGCCUUGCCUCCCAAGCCGCCCAAGCCGAAGCCCUGCGCCAGCCUGGCCAACGGGAGCAGCGUGCCCCUGCAGGAUGCCGAGUGGUACUGGGGGGACAUUUCCCGGGAGGAGGUGAAUGAGAAGCUCCGGGACACGCCGGACGGCACCUUCCUGGUGCGCGACGCCUCCAGCAAGAUCCAGGGCGAGUACACGCUGACGCUCAGGAAGGGAGGCAACAACAAGCUGAUCAAGAUCUUCCACCGUGAGGGCAAAUACGGCUUCUCGGAGCCACUCACCUUCAGCUCCGUUGUGGAGCUCAUCACACACUACCGGCAUGAGUCGCUGGCACAGUACAAUGCCAAGCUGGACACCAGGCUGCUCUACCCCAUCUCCAAGUACCAGCAGGACCAAGUGGUGAAAGAGGACAGCGUGGAGGCCGUGGGGGAGCAGCUGAAGGUCUAUCACCAGCAGUACCAGGACAAGAGCUGGGAGUACGACCUGCUGUACGAGGAGUACACACGCACCUCCCAGGAGCUGCAGAUGAAGAGGACGGCGAUCGAGGCCUUCAACGAGACCAUCAAGAUCUUCGAGGAGCAGUGCCAGACGCAGGAGAAGUGCAGCAAGGAGUACAUCGAGCGCUUCCGGCGCGAGGGCAACGAGAAGGAGGUGCAGCGGAUCCUGAUGAACUCGGAGAAGCUGAAGUCUCGCAUCACGGAGAUCCACGACAGCAAGAUGAAGCUGGAGCAGGACCUGAAGAAGCAGGCCUCGGAGAACAGGGAGAUCGACAAGCGCAUGAACAGCCUCAAGCCAGACCUGAUGCAGCUGCGCAAGCUGCGGGACCAGUACUUGGUGUGGCUGACCCAGAAGGGUGCUCGGCAGAAGAAAAUCAACGAGUGGCUGGGCAUCAAGAACGAGACAGAAGACCAGUACUCCAUGAUGGACGACGAGGAGGAGCUGCCCCACCACGAGGAGCGGACCUGGUACGUGGGGAAGAUCAACAGGCUGCAGGCUGAGGAGAUGCUGUGCGGCAAGCGGGACGGCACCUUCCUGAUCCGCGAGAGCAGCCAGAAGGGCUGCUACGCCUGCUCCGUGGUGGUGGAUGGUGACACCAAGCACUGCGUCAUCUACAAGACGGCGACGGGCUACGGCUUUGCGGAGCCCUACAACCUCUACGCCUCGCUCAAGGACCUGGUGCUGCACUACAAGCACACCUCCCUGGUGCAGCACAACGACUCCCUCAACGUCACCCUGGCACACCCGGUCCGCUCCCAGCCGCCAGCCAGAUGAGCAGCCCUGCUCGGCACCGCUGCCGUCGGCUUCUCCCCAGGGCGCUGCUUUCUGGCUCUGGACUCUCGCACCCUGUAUAGUUGAGUCUCUGUGCUCCUGCCCCUCCAGAGCCUCUGAGAUGUCUGUGACCGUUCCUGAUGUCCCUGUUGGUCAGUAGCUGAGAACCUGUGUUGGCUGAUGGGACACACACACAAAGAGCUGGGCUGUUGAUUCCCAGUGGGCUCCAGCCUCCAGGAGGUGGGAUCCAGCUGUGAUUGGAUUGCUGGGGGUGAGCACAGCCCCCUCCCCUUCCCCAUGGUCAGGUCCUCUCCUUGCUGUCAGGUCACCCCCUUGGCACCACUGCAGAGCUACCUUCCAAGCUCCUCGGCGCUGCGGCCUUGUCCCUGCCCGGCUGAGCGGCCACGGGCCAGGAGUUCCCUGCCUGGGUGCCAGAGGAGGCAGAGGAGGAGGCUCCCUGUGCCCCCCACUCUCGCUUCCCCUGGUGACCUUGCAGCCGUGGCUGGUACGAGGGGUGCUGCUUCCCCAUGCAGAGACUAUGUUAGGGAGGAAAGACUCCACCCUCCCUGGGGCCUCUCUGCUGAGGGCUCCACACCCUGCUGUGCCCAACCUCACCCUGCUGUUCCCUGGUGCCACCUCUGAGCGUUGCUGUCUGGGGAGGGAGGAUCCAGCCAGUGGGGAAUCCUCACCUUGGUCUUGCCAGCUAAGCUGUGAACUCUGUGCUGGUGCCCAUUGCUUUUCCCAGCAGAGCCCAUGGGAUGCUCAGCUGGGUGGUGGCUCUGCCAUCGUGCCCUGGCACAGCCAGCGGCAGCUCUGUCGACGUAGUUCCUCUGCUCAGCUCAUUCCCAGCACUGCUGUUUGCUGGCUGCCCACUCCUACACUAGGCAGCAGCUGAAGCAGGAGGGGACUGGAGGCUGCUGCACACCACAAGCCCCAGAUGAAAUGAAGGAGCAGCCUCCUGCCGCGGGCUGGGGGCCUGGAUGCGCACGGCUGGGGGUGUGUGACGUGGAGCUGUGCAGAGCUCUGAUCCUGGGCACUGGAUGGGGGGUGGGCAGGGACGGCUGGGGGCUGCUGCAGCACUGCCCCUCGGGGCUGCCUGGCACUUGCUGGGUCUUGAGUUCGAAGGGUGACAGAAGUGGCUGGGCCUGGGCUGAGGGCUGAGGCCAUGGUGGUGGUUGCUUCCCUGGGUUCUCCUGUGCCUGCCUGGCUGAAGCAAGCAGUCGCUGCCCUCCGGGCCUGCAGGAGGCUCUCUCCUGCAGGCUGCAUCCCCGGCCUGGGCUGCUGGGUGCUGGAACUUGGCUGCAGUUUUUGUGGUGACCCAG